AGCUUAACUACUUUAGCUAGAAUAAGAUACAUAAGUUAAUUCUACGAAUGGGCCACAAAGAAACAUACUUCACCACUUUGGGCCUAUACUAACUUCAUCAGCCCAAUAAGACAAAACACAAAAACCCACUUCUCUUGUUGACUCUGUCUUUCUUCUCCUUUGUCGUUGACCUCUCUGUCACGACAUCUUCUUCUUCUUCACUUGCUUCUUCUUUGCUUUUGCAAGUUCAAUCAAGGAUACAAUUCCAACACUCCCUCUUGGAUCCUUGAUUGAAAUCCCCAAUUCCAAUUUAGGGAUUUGAAUCCCUUUGCUUCUUCUUCUUCUCUGGAAUCGCCUCUUCCCUGUGCGAGUCCCUUUCACGAUCUUUGGCACAGCUCACUGGGACACUUCAACUCUAGGGUUUUCCAUGUCUCCUCAAGUCAUCUUCUACGUGAGCUCUCCUCACGUUCUCAUUUAAUUUCUUCUCCGUGACCACUCGUCACGUCUCUUGCUCGGCUGACAUUGCAACCGGCUUCAGCUCCCACUGUGCUUAAGAACCACAUGGAUUCUGAAACUUCAACAAGCAUCUUCAAGCUUCACCAAUACAAUGUCGAACAAGGAUUGAAUUCAUCACCUUUCACAACACCGUCUCCACACCGUUGUCUUCAUUGCUUCUUCCAGAAGAUCUCCACGUCUACUUGGAUGCACCUGAAGCCCUCCUUCUCUAAGGCUCUUCUCUUCUUUUGUCUUGAGCUCAGGUCCGCUCAAGGUAGCUCCCUCUUGCCUUGAGCACAUGUCCGCUCAAGGUUUACACCACCUCCAUAGACUCCAUUUCAGUGGCAGCGAGGUCUUCAUCUUUGGGAGGUUAUCCAACUCCUCCUCUUCUUUUCAUCUUCUCACGGCUUCUUUUUUUGCCGUCUCUCCUACAACAGCUUCUCGGGCUGCAUCAUCUCUUCAUCUUUGCCGUCUUCUUCUUACGGCCAGCUUUCUUCUUUGUUGAUGGUUGUCUCCAUCUUCCUCACAUCUUCUUCUUUGGACAGGCUCCAAGAUCAAAUUCUCUCGAAAACACAAGUUGCCUAUUUUCUGACCAAGAAAGAAACUACGUCUUGUUGGGACUCAGUACAUCUUGCCAUGUCGCCAGAGACUUGGCUUGACUUCCUUAUCCCCUCGGGUUUAUCUAAUUUAUACGCUGUGUCUCUCUCAAACUCGGUCACUCGUAAUGUUUUGAUAUCUAAGCAAUUAUGGAGAGUCCUCGUCCGCUUUUGCUGCUCCUAUCAGGAGUUUUUGCCAUUAUUUGUAUUGUUCAAGCUCAGGAUCACCAAGGGUUCAUCAGUUUGGAUUGCGGGUUACCCUUGAGUGAAAUGUCUCCUUAUAUUGAGCCAUCAACCGGACUACAGUUCUCGUCUGAUGCAAAGUUCAUCCAAACUGGUAAAAUUGAGGCGAGUCUGGAGAGUGCUUACCUGACGCCGUACAUGAGUCUGAGAUAUUUUCCGGAUGGGAUACGGAACUGCUAUAGUCUGAGUGUUGACAUGCAUAGGAAACAUUUGAUCAGGGCUAUGUUUGUUUAUGGAAAUUACGAUGGUCUCAACUCUAAUCCGAAAUUUGAUCUGCAUCUAGGCCCUAAUCCGUGGGCAACAAUAAAUUUGCAAGCGUCUGUGAAUGGUACAGUGCAGGAGAUCAUUCACACCCCAACAUCAAACUCAUUGCAGAUUUGUCUUGUUAAGACAGGGACAACUACACCGAUGAUCUCAGCCUUGGAGUUACGGCCGUUGGGAAAUAAUUCUUACCCCACACAGUCAGGUUCCCUAAAUCUUCUCUUUCGGAUGUAUGUCAACAAGACAGAUGACUUUCUACGGUACCCGGAUGAUGUAUAUGAUCGCAGAUGGUUUGAUUUUUUCUUGAAGAGUUGGACCGAGAUUUCCACGACCCUCACAGUGAGCAAUGAUAACGAUUAUGAUCCACCAAAAAGGGCACUUGCAACAGCUGCUACGCCUUCCAAUGCCAGCGCGCCAUUGACACUCAGUUGGACACCGGAUAAUCCUGGUGACGAAUAUUACUUGUACAGCCACUUCGCUGAGAUACAAGAUUUACAGACCAAUGAUACCAGGGAAUUUGAAUUGUUCUGGAAUGGAGCUGUUAUUAGCAAACCUUUCAUUCCUUCAAAGUUAGCGGUAGAUACUCACCUGGAUAUUUCUCCAAGGACUUGCAAAGGAGGGAAAUGCAUUUACCAGCUAAUUAAAACCGCAAGAUCAACUCUUCCUCCUCUACUUAACGCGCUUGAAGUCUAUACAGUAAUCCAAUUUCCACAAUCGGAAACAAAUGAAAAUGAUGUGGUUGCUGUAAAGAAUAUCGAAGCUUCCUAUAAAUUGAGUAGAAUCAGGUGGCAAGGAGAUCCUUGCGUCCCUCAACAGUAUGCGUGGGAUGGUUUGAACUGUAGCAACACAGAUAUUUCUACACCUCCAAGAAUAACGUCCUUAAACUUGUCUUCAAGCGGGUUAACUGGAACCAUAGCGGCUGCUACAAACCUUACACAGCUAGAAAAACUGGACUUAUCAAAUAACAAAUUGACUGGAGUGGUGCCCGAAUUUCUAGCCCAGAUGAAAUCUUUGUUGAUCAUAAACUUAAGCGGGAACGAUCUUAAUGGUCCGCUUCCGCAAGGUCUUCAAAGAAAAGGACUAGAGUUACUAGUUCAAGGAAACCCAAGGCUUUGCGUCUCUAGCUCCUGCACCGAAAAUUCGAAGAAGAAAUUUCAUGUCGUAAUUGUUGCAUCAGUUGCUUCUGUGGCCAUAAUCAUUGCUGUGUUGGUUCUUAUUUUUGUUCUCAAUAAGAAAAAGCCGCCGGCCGUGAAAGCUCCACAACCUUCACUGAGUACGCCAAUGGUGAAUGAAACAUAUGCUAAUUCACCUGAACCAUCAAUCGGGACAAAAAAGAGAAGGUUUACUUAUUCAGAGGUUAUGAAAAUGACGAAUAAUUUCCAAAGAGUUGUAGGGGAAGGAGGAUUUGGUGCCGUGUGUCAUGGUACUCUAAAUGGUUCGAAACAGGUCGAUCUUCUUCUAAGAGUUCACCAUACAAAUUUGGUGAGCCUCGUUGGGUAUUGCGAUGAAGGAGAUCACUUGGCUCUUAUCUACGAGUUUAUGCCCAAUGGAGACUUAAGAGAACAUCUAUCCGGAAAUCGCAGUGGGUCCUUUAUCAACUGGGGCAAUCGACUACGAAUAGCUCUAGAGGCUGCACUUGGAUUGGAAUAUUUACAUUCUGGAUGCACACCACCAAUUAUACAUAGAGAUAUAAAAACUACAAACAUAUUGUUGGACGGACAGUUAAAGGCCAAGCUUGCCGAUUUCGGUCUUUCGAGAUCUUUCCCUGUUGGGGGUGAAACACAUAUAUCAACUGUGGUUGCUGGUACUCCCGGAUACCUUGAUCCUGAAUAUUACCAGACAACUCGACUGGGUGAGAAGAGCGAUGUGUACAGCUUCGGAAUUGUGUUAUUGGAGAUGAUCACAAACCAACCUGUGAUUGACCAAUCCCGUGCAAAGUCUCAUAUAUCACAAUGGGUUGCGUUUGAGCUUAACCGAGGAGAUAUUACUAAGAUCAUGGAUCCAAACCUGCACGGGGAUUACGAUUCUCGUUCUGUAUGGAGAGUUCUUGAACUGGCAAUGUCGUGUGCGAAUCCUUCUUCUGUGAACCGACCAAACAUGUCCCAAGUUGCUAAUGAACUGAAAGAAUGUCUUGUGUCUGAAAAAUCGAGGACGGACUCUCAGAGUUUUCUUCAAGUGAGCAUGAGCUUUGACACAGAGUUGUUUCCGAGGGCAAGAUAGUUUGUGCUGCAAGUAACACACAACCAUGCUAAUUAGUUGGGGGCUAUUGGUCUAGACACGUCCAUGUAAAAUAUGUAACACGAAUCAGUCAUUUUUGCUUUGAUCAUCGAAAUGUGAAGAUUAUAUUCUCCGGUACUUAUUGAUGUUAUCAUUCUUUGUAUGAAUGGAUUGGAUGCUUAUAAUCAUUGGCCGUAAAAGAUAAUACCUCUUUGUGGUUCCA